CUUAUGUCCCUCAGGUCAAACUAAUUCAGUGGUUGGUACACACAGCUGUUCCCAGACGUUCCUCUCAGCAGUGCUUGCUGCAGGUCUGUUUAAAUAGGAUUUAGCAUGUUUAAACAGCAGGUCUGUUCUACCACAGCUUCGAAUGGCCCUGGAGACAGUCUAAUGGAUGCUCACCUUAAUGAAGACCUUAGGGAGCAAUUCAUGAUUUUUGCAUAUUCAGAGCCAUUGGUAUAUGAAUCAACAGCCCAUUUUAUAGCGCUCAAGAGUCUAGAAACAGAUGGAGGGACUCAACUUCAAACCGUUACUGUUUUCUUAGUCUGCCCGGGACUCGAAUCCUGUCAGGGUUACCAAUUGCGUAACGGUAACUCGCUCUGGAACCGAGAGACCAACAGUAUCUAAUUUCUAUCUUAUGGAGUUCAGGAGAGGAGGAGCAAACCACUAGCCAUGCUGCACUCAAGCUUUUGGUCCCGUCUUUGUUAGCUGAGGGAAGUCUGCGCCUCACUUUCCCUUUACCAGCGGAGGCGAGUUUGGUAGUACAUUCUCUCUUUUUGGGGGUGAGCCUUUCUUCCGCUUCUUUCCGUCCUCGCUCCUGUCGCCGCCCGACUAAGUGGAAGGAAGAAGCAUAUCUAUUUUUACGGAGUAAAUACCUGCCUGCUCGUCCGGCACCCAUGAAUUCGGAUAUAAAUGUGUACCUCGGCCGGGACAAAACGGGCAUCAUGCGGAAGAGAGCGCUGCUCCUUCGGAAAGGGUGCAGUUUUGAGAUUAGUUCGAGCUCUGCCUCGGAGGACUUGGGCUGCAGGCGUGGAGACUUCAGCCGAAAACACUAUGGCUCCGUCGAGCUGCUGAUCUCUAGUGAUGCAGAUGGAGCCAUACAGAGGGCGGGUCGUUUCCGAGUGGAGAAUGGCUCAUCAGAUGAGACGACGGACUACACCCCGGGUACCUGGAGAAGAACCGAUGUCCAUCUGGAGAACCCGGAGUACCACACCAGAUGGUUCUUCAAAUACUUCCUGGGCAAAGUCCACCAGAACUACAUUGGUACGGAUGCAGAGAAGAAUCCCUUCUACCUGUCUGUGGUUCUGUCUGACCAGAACAACCAGCGGGUCCCUCAGUACAGAGCCAUCCUCUGGAGGAAGACAGGAACUCUGAAGAUCAGUCUGCCAUACAGCCCCACCAAAACACUAUCAGUCAAAUCCAUCUUAAGUGCGAUGAACCUGGACAGGUUUGAGAAAGGACCGAGGGAGAUUCUCAACCCAGAGAUACAGAAGGACCUACUGGUGUUGGAGGAGCAAGAGGGUUCUGUCAACUUCAAAUUCGGUGUCCUGUUUGCCAAAGAUGGACAGCUCACAGACGACGAGAUGUUUAGCAACGAGACUGGGAGCCAGAGCUUCGAUAAGUUCCUCAACCUCCUGGGUGACACCAUCUCCCUGCAGGGCUGGGCAGGCUACCGUGGUGGGCUGGAUACCAAGAAUGACACUACAGGAAUGAACUCCAUCUACACAGUGUACCAGGGCCAUGAGCUGAUGUUCCACGUCUCCACCAUGCUACCCUACUCCAAGGAGAACAAGCAGCAGGUAGAGAGGAAAAGACACAUUGGGAAUGACAUCGUCACCAUAGUGUUCCAGGAGGGAGAGGACACGUCUUCGUCAUUUAAACCCUCCAUGAUCCGAUCCCAUUUCACACAUAUUUUUGCAUUAGUUAGAUACAACAGUCAGAACGACAGUUACAGGUUGAAGAUUUUCUCUGAGGAAAGUGUGCCACUGUUCGGACCUCCACUCCCCUCACCACCAGUGUUUACAGACCACCAAGAAUUCAGGGACUUUUUGUUAGUCAAACUAAUCAAUGGAGAGAAGGCCACCCUGGAGACGCCCACGUUUGCCCAGAAGCGCCAGCGGACCCUGGACAUGCUGAUCCGUUCCCUGUACCAAGACCUGAUCCCUGACCUCCACAAGGUUCCCUUCUCUCCCCAGAACAUGCUCAACAGACGCUCGUUUAGUGAUGUGCUGCCGGAGUCGCCCAAGUCUGCCCGCAAGAAGGAAGAGGCAAGACAGGCCGAGUUUGUCAGGAUAGGACAGGCACUAAAGCUGAAGACCAUCGUCAGAGGAGACGCCCCCACCAGUCUGGUCACUACAGGCCUGUGUAGAAAAGAGCCGUGGGAGUCCCAGUCAUUCUGCAGUACAUUCCCCUAUGAGACGGUGUGCGCUGACUCCUGGGGUCAGUCUCUGCUGGUCGCCACGGAAGCAGCAGGGGUCAUGAUGAUAGAUGCUGUUGAUCCUCUUCUUUCAAACCCAGAUGCCCAGGUCCUGCCCCCAGUGCAGGUGUUUGAUAAGACUAUGGUGGUGAAACAGAUACACGUUGUAGAGCCUCAGGACCUCCUCAUCACCAGGGCUGACAAAGGGAAGGAUGCACGUCUCUAUGUGUUCAGACUGAGCAUGCUCAAGAGAGGCCUGGAGGAGAGGCAGCUGGUCCGCACCAAGUGUGACAGUCGAGAGAACAAACUGGAAAAGACCAAAGGGUGUCACCUAUACUCCAUCAACACCCACCAUGGGUCAGAGUUGAGGAUCGUGGCGGCCAUCAGGAAUAAGCUCCUCCUAAUCACCAGGAAACAGCCCCGCCUCGACGGCCUAGGUGCCCUCGCUGCUGCAACCGACUCACCCGUGGACCAGUUCCAGUACAUACGGGAGAUCUGUCUGUGUGACCCUCCAGUAGUCAUGGCCCUGGUGGACGGUCCUACAGGGGAGAACGACAACAUGAUCUGUGUGGCCUACAAACACCAGUUUGACCUGAUCAACGAGAGCACCGGGGACGCAUACCGGCUACACCAUGUAGACGCCAACCGGGUCAACUUUGUGGCAGCCAUCGAUGUGUACGAGGAUGGGGAGGCUGGUCUUUUGUUGUGUUACAAUUAUAUCUGUUCCUAUAAGAAGGUGUGUCCGUUCAAUGGGUCCACCCCUAUGAUCCAGUCUAACGCCUCUGACUUACACUUCAGCUGGAACCAGAUGCCCAACGCCAUCGUGUGUGCGUUCCCCUACAUCUUGGCCUUCACCACUGACUCCAUUGAGAUCCGGCUGGUUGUCAACGGUAACCUGGUCUACACAGCUGUCGUGCCAGAGCUCCAGCUGACUGCCUCCAGGUCAGACAUCUACUUUGUGUCGUCCGCUCCGGUUAACUCUGCCUCCAACUGCAGCUCCCGGGACACCAGUUCCCAGAGUUCCCCACAGACGCCCACCGGCUACGAGAUGCCCGUGUUCCCAUCGCCGCUCGGAGACGAUUCUAUACGGAUCCCCUAUGGUACCAAGCUAUCCCUGUACAUGUCUAAGGAUGCCGAAGGUGAGACACAGUGUAAGCACAUCUUCAAGAUCCCACUGAGUAACCUAGUGGGCCGCAGCAUCGAGAGGCCCCUCAAGUCCCCGCUGGUCAACAAGGUGGUGACGGGCCUGACAGCCCCCGCGGGGGCCCCCAUGCAGGGGGCCUCACACACCCUGUCUCUGUCCCGCAUGGAGAUCAAAGAAAUCGCCAGCCGCACCCGUAAGGAGCUUCUGGGCUUGACCGAGGAGCCGAGCAGUAAGCCCGACAGCAGCACCGUCAAACAGAGGAAGAUGAGCAAGAAGACCACUGAGGAAGAGAUAAAGGCACGAACAUUGACCUCCACCAGCAGUGACAGAGUGGGCUCGGAGUCGGCCGACACGGACUCGGACAUCCAACGGCACUGCUCGUCCAGCUCGGAGGCGGAGCCAGAGAAAGUGGUACUUAGAGAGGAGAGCCCAUUGGCCAGCCCCUUCACCCUCUCCACCUCGUUCGAAGAAGACAUCCUGGACCUAAAGUGAAGACAAUCCCAUCAUGCACUUAUUUUCUGCCCUCCUCCUUUCCUCCUCAUCCACCUCUUCUCUUCUCCUCCUUUCCUCCUCAUCCACCUCUUCUCUUCUCCUCCUUUCCUCCUCAUCCACCUCUUCUAUCCUCCUCCUUUCCUCAUCCCCCUCUUCUCUCCUCCUCCUUUCCC